AUUUCUUAUUCAAUAAAACAAUUUAUUUGUGAAAAAGUUUUGCAAACAUUUUAGUGAUAAUUAUCUCAAAGAAUGGCAGAAUUCCCACAAUUAGGCCAACAGUGCUCUCAAUGCAAGACAUUAGAUUUUCUGCCAUUGAUUUGUGAUAAGUGUAAACAAGUCUAUUGCAAAGAACACCAUUCCUUCGUUGCCCACAAUUGUCCUCAAAGUGACAAACAGUGGACACCAACGCCGGUCAGCCGUCCGUCGGAGUCUAUUUCAGGGAAGUGUUGUUUUUGUAAUCAGUCGGUGCUUAAGACGGAACUGGUUUUGUGCGACAAAUGCCAUGAAAAGCAUUGUCUCUCUCAUCGACACUACGAGUCCCACGAAUGCAAACACAAUAAGACGGACCAAAAGCCGGCACAACCCCUAAGAAAGCCUCUGUUGAACGCUUCGGCGCCUAAUGUGAAGGGACCUAAGAAUGAAGGUCUGGCCCGAAGAGUGGCUCUCAUGAAACUCAAGCAAAAGGCUUCCGGACAGUCGUCUAUACCUAUGAGUGAACGACUGUUUUUCAAAUUAAGUUAUCAAAAGAGUUCACAACUCAAUGAAUUUGAGUCAAAGGAUAUAUUCUUGUCGACGGAAUGGUCAGUCGGUAAGUGUGUCGACUGGUUGUCCACUCAUUUGUCGGUUAUUAAUAAUAACAAUAACCCGACACAACCCAAGUUAGUGCUUACCAGUGAUGGAGAGACAAGUGAACCAUUUCCUAUGUCUUCCUCAUUGAAACAAUUAGAAAGUGAUGAACUCAUCCAAAGCGGUGAUAAUCUAUGUCUUAAGUAUAUUCAAUAA